AAAACAAAAAACAAACACAACUUGUUUUCGAAAAUAUCUGUGUAUCAAGAAACUGGAUCCGGUGGCCGACCAUAACACAACACAACCCCAUGUUAAAACAACGGCUUAGAUUACAAAACUACCAUUAAAUCCAAUGGCUACACCACCAUGAAACUUGGCUUCACCAUCAAUCUCACAAAUCCCCUAUUCCCAUUUCUCUAAAACUCUCAGAUUCGCUGUUGUUAUCGCACAAACCUUUACGUAUAACCCGUAUCUUUAUACAUAAUACUAUAAAGUUUGUGUCUUUUUUCGGAAAACAGAGUGAAGAUGCAAUCCGGGAAUGAUGGCGGGUCUGAUCAGCAACAACAAACGCAGAAAACCCAGCCAGCGGUUCCGACGACGACGACAGGAGCAGCGGCGGGGAUGGGUGUGGGUGUGGGUCUAGGGCAGCAGCAGUGGGUGGCGAUGCAGUACCCUGCGGCGGCGAUGUUAAUGCAGCAUCAGAUGAUGGCACCGUCUCCGGCUAAUUACCAAGUGACGCCACACUACAUGCCGUACCACCCGCACCACCUCCACCAUCAGCCGCAUACUCCGGUGGUUCAACCGCCGCAGCAGGGAUCCGGUGGAGGAGACAACAAGGCGAUCUGGGUUGGUGACCUUCACAGUUGGAUGGAUGAGGAUUACCUCCGUAACUGUUUUGCUUCCACCGGCGAGGUUGCGUCAAUUAAGGUUGUUCGCAAUAAGCAGACAGGUAUCUCAGAGGGAUACGGGUUUGUUGAGUUUUUUUCACAUGCUGCAGCAGAAAAAGUGUUGCAGAAUUAUGGUCACAUUGUUAUGCCUAACACAGAACAACCGUUUCGUUUGAACUGGGCUACAUUUAGCACGGGAGACAAACGUUCAAAUAACAACGCUUCUUCUGAUCUUUCUAUUUUCGUAGGAGAUUUAGCUGCAGAUGUAACUGACGCUUUAUUACAUGAAACUUUUGCGAAUAAAUAUCCAUCCGUUAAAGCUGCUAAAGUCGUUAUUGAUAUUAAUACUGGCCGAUCUAAAGGGUAUGGAUUUGUAAGAUUUGGAGACGAUAAUGAGAGGACCCAAGCCAUGACUGAAAUGAAUGGGACUUACUGUUCGACUCGGCCUAUGCGUAUUGGCGCUGCAACCCCGAGAAAAUCUUCUGCUUACCAACAAGGAGGUUAUACGUCGAAUGUUGGCUCGCAAAACGAUGGAGAUUCUACUAAUACGACAAUUUUUGUGGGAGGGCUUGAUCCAUCGGUUAGUGAUGAAGAUCUUAGGCAGCCAUUCACGGAAUAUGGCGAGAUUCUUUCCGUAAAAAUACCAGUUGGUAAAGGUUGCGGAUUUGUACAGUUUGCUAACAGAAAUAACGCUGAGGAGGCACUGCAAAAAUUAAACGGGACAGCAAUAGGGAAACAAACAGUCCGCCUUUCUUGGGGACGCAACCCCGCAAAUAAGCAGUUGAGAAAUGAUUUUGGGAAUCAAUGGCCAGCAACAGCAUACUAUGGUGGUCAGAUUUAUGAUGGAUAUGGUUAUGCUCUUCAAGCACCACAUGACCCAAGCAUGUAUGCUGCAGCAUAUGGGUCAUAUGCUAUGUAUGGUACUCAUCAGCAACAAGUAAGCUAAAUGGGUGGGGGGAUAAAAUUUUGAGUAAAGACUCUAUUAGUUGAUUACUUUAGGGAUAUUGGCAAACUGGAUUUAUUUUUUCAUUUAUUUGCAAGUGUGGGAUUCAAUUUGGAACCUUUUUGAUCGUAAUAAUCUAACUUGCAGAAUUUGAUGUGGCCA